AUGAGCUCGGAGUUCUCGCAACUCGUCUUCUGGCUGACCGCCUUCUGGGGCGGGCUCUACCUCCUUCGCCACUACCGCCGCCGUACAGCCCGCGCCGCUUCUCUCCCUGCUCCCACCGUCGUGGGUGUGUCGACCUCCCCCGAUCUGCUGAGGACGCGUUCGACGCGGGUCACGCUUACCAACUGCCACCUCGGGCUCAACACCACUACGUUCAAUGGUAUGCACCAGCACUUCACCUCACGACUGCAACGGGCGCGCGCGCGCAGAGGGGCCAUGGUCUUCGCGUACGACUUGGCAGCGUGCUCGCUUGGAGGGACCCUUUACGAGGCGCAUGAACACACGCGGAGGAUGCCAGGCGAGCGGGUGCUGCACCACAAGGGGAUGAAUUCGAGGGAGGGGCUGGAGAACGCCAUGAUCCCGGGGGUGACCACGCCUCUGCGUCAUCUCCCUCUUCUCUCAAUCGCCCUUCUAGCGAGCCAGAUCGUCCACGAGGCCGGACACGCCUUCGCCGCUGCGCUAAACGCCGUCCCUCUCGCCUCGGUCGGCCUGGGACUCACCGUCCUCCUUCCCUCCGCCUUUGUCGCCCUCCCGGCCGCAGAGACCGCCGCGCUCCCGACUCGCGCUCGCGCACGCAUCGUCGCCGCGGGGGUGUUCCACAACAUCGUCCUCUACGCCCUCCUCGCCGCGUUCGCGUGGUCCCACCUGGGAGACGCCGUCUGGCCCGUGUUCGGCUACCGCAACGUGCGCGCGUACGGCCGGGUCGUGGAGUCCCAGCUGGCCGGUUACGUACCCGUCGGCGCCGUCAUCUACAAGAUCGGGGAUGACGCCCUCGCCGACCGCGCCCAGGGAACGGACCGCUGGGCACAACUGCUCACUGCGGCGGAAGACCGGGGGGAGCGCGCAUCGGGGCCUGUACUCGGCUGGUGCGCCGAAGAGCCGUGGUUUGUCGCGCUGGGCCAGGACUGCUGUCACGCCCCGGCCGCCGCGCCCACCAGGUCGUGCUUCACCUCCGCAGCGGUAGGUAGGGGAGCGGGGGUGGGGGCGUUCGAGGGUUGCGUCGACCCGUUGCUGUUUCUGGACCCCGACCCCGACGCGCCCGUGCGGAGGUGCGAGACGGCGGCGGACUGCGGGCGCGUGCAGGCAUGCGUGCGUCCGCGCGGCGACCAGCCGCUCGUCGCGCUCAAGAUGCAUCUCCCGCCGUGGCUCCGGGCGGACGGCGACGGCGAGCCGGAGCGAACGCUGGUCUGGCAGGGCGACCGGGACGAGAUCGCGCGCGAGGUCGAGGUCGGGGACUGGCUCGCGAGCUCGUCCUGGCUGCCGAUGGCGCUGCCUGCUGUCUGCACGCUCUUCUUCACGUACAUGCAGAUGCUCACGCUGUCACUGUAUUUCUUCAACCUCCUCCCACUCCCGUUUCUCGACGGCGGGCAGCUGCUCGACGUCCUGACCACGAGUCGCGGAGCGCCCUCGCGCACGGACGCGGACGCGGAGGAUAUUGAGCUCGGAGGCGGGGAGGCCGCGAGGACGGUGGCCUCUCGGCGAAAAGCAGUGAGAGUGGGCGGUGGAGGGUCGUGCACAUAA